CACAAACCACUGGUGGCGCCCUUCCUCCAUAGGACCUCCACGGAGUCUGAGGUCUGCCAUUUACCGAAAAAAAAAAACAAAAAAAAAACUCGCAAUCAGGUGUGCGUAAACCUAACGCUACACUGUGUUUGCGCAGCUAAACAGGGACGGUGAAUAGCCAGUUCGUACGCGUUUUUCGGUGGGAAAAUGUCCUAGGGGAUGGGCCAGAUUCUCGGGAACUGCUGCCAUCCGUGUCGGGAUUCGGGAGGUGUCCGGUUGUUGGCACACACAAGCUACUAACAGCAACGUGAAACCCGAAGGGCACGUCACGUUCGCCAAACCCAAGGGACUGUAAUUUUUUUGUUCGUUUUUUUUUUUAAGGGACCGAAAUAGUCAUGCAGAGCCCCGAUGGGAGGACCUGAAAACGAUUCACACUGUGAGCCGCCACAGCCGACGACGUGUUGCAAUUAAGCAGAGAACCGAGCCGUCAGUUUCCAGCGGUUUCAGAACGGUCGUGUGAUUAAUAACACCUUCGACUGUACGCACCAGGAUUGCCUGACACCCGGGAGGUAACCGAGGAAGCUCCCGGUCUUUGAUGUCUCUGGGUCCAUUCAUCUUUCUGUUGUAAUGACGUCUGCACGGUUAUUUUAAUUCCAUCGGUGAGAGGUUUGAGUAUUCAUCCACCCAACCCUGAACCGGUGUCGGGGACGACGAGGCUGAGGCGGGUCGGCAGUCGGAAGGAUAUGGGAAAGAGAGCGGAACCGAUGCAGUGGGUCUUGGCAAGGCAUCGUCAAAACACAGGGCAGUGAUGCCUGGAAUGGUGAUGUUUCGGCGGCGCUGGUCAGUUGGCAGUGAUGACCUGGUGCUGCCCGCCCUCUUCCUUUUUUUAUUACACUGCAUAUGGUUGGUGGUUCUGUCUGUGGUUUUGUUCGGCCUUCCGUAUGGCUCAGCCCAGUCCUGUUCUGUAACACUGGUGGACCAUGGCCGAGGGUACCUGGGCAUCCUGGUCAGCUGCCUUAUAUGUGAAAGCGCCAUCAUGUGGUUGAGCAUGAGGGGGAGCAUUUUGUACACACAGCCCAGGGAAGCCGUGCAGUAUGUCCUUUAUAUACGGCUCGCUAUUCUCUUGGUUGAGCUUGUAUAUGCUGUUGUGGGCAUUGCCUGGCUUGUCCAGUAUUACCAGCCGUGCUCUGAUGUCACUGCCAAAAACUUGGCUUUGGGAAUUGUUGUAUGCAACUGGCUAGUGAUAUUCAGCGUUUGCAUUACCCUCAUGUGUACUUUUGAUCCUACGGGUCGGACUUUUGUCAAACUGAAAGCAACCCGUCGGCGUCAGCGCAACCUCACUACUUACACACUCAGACACAGGCUAGAGGAAGGCCAAGCCAGCAGCUGGAGCAGGAGACUAAAGUUCUUCAUGUGCUGCACAAGAGCCCAAGAUACACAAUCAGAUGCGUAUUCAGAGGUGGCCAGCCUUUUUGCAGAGUUCUUCAGAGACCUGGACAUUGUGCCUAGUGAUAUCAUUGCUGGUUUGGUACUGCUCCGCCAGAGACAGAGAUCCAAGAGAUCUGCUAUCCUGGACCAGGCCAACAAUGACAUUUUAGCCUUCUUAUCAGGAAUACCUGUCACUCGUAACACUAGAUAUCUGGACCUUAAGAACUCGGCUGAGAUGAACAUGUACAAGGAUGUGUGCUAUUAUAUGCUCUUUGCCCUGGCUGCUUAUGGUUGGCCAAUGUACCUGAUGAGGAAGCCUGCCUGUGGGCUGUGCCGCCUCGCCAGCUCCUGCCCCUGUACAUCUGUGUCUGGAUCUCGGCUGUCUCAGUCCGUGACAGUGGAGGAAGACAACUGUUGCGGCUGUAAUGUCUUGGCCAUACGCAGGCACUUCCUGGAUAAUGACCUUAAGCAGGUCCACAUUGUGUACACUUCGUGCCACGAUGCUGUUUACGAGACUCCAUUUUUUGUGGCAGUGGAUCACGCCAAAAAGAAGGUUGUCAUCAGUAUCAGAGGAACUCUUUCACCAAAGGAUGCCCUGACUGAUCUGACAGGGGACUCUGAGCGUUUGCCUGUGGAGGAGCAGCAAGGGACCUGGCUUGGCCACAAGGGAAUGGUCUACUCAGCAGAAUACAUUAAGAAGAAACUGGAACAGGAAAUGAUCUUGUCUCAAGCUUUUGGAAGAGACUUGAACAAGGGUACCAUGCACUAUGGGCUGGUGAUAGUCGGGCAUUCUCUCGGUGCAGGCACUGCUGCUAUUCUCUCCUUCCUGCUGAGACCUCAGUACCCUACACUUCACUGCUACUCUUACUCUCCACCUGGUGGCCUUCUCAGUGAGGAUGCCAUGGAGUACUCCAAAGAGUUUGUCACAUCAGUGGUAUUGGGAAAAGACCUGGUACCAAGGCUGGGCCUGUCGCAACUGGAGGGUUUCCGACGCCAUCUUCUGGAAGUCUUACAGAAAAGUAACAAGCCAAAGUGGAGGAUUAUUGCGGGAGGCACUAAAUGCAUCCCAAAAUCAGAGCUUCCACUAGAGGAUGAUGAUCCUCAGUCUCAGCCUGCAGCACCCCCCAGCAGUCGCCUGUGGCUACACCCCAGUGACCUCAGCAUUGCCUUGUCAGCCUCGACACCCCUCUACCCACCUGGCAGGAUCAUCCACGUGGUCCACAACCAUCCUCCAGAGACAUGCUGUGGCCAGGAAGAGCCAACCUAUUCAGCUUUGUGGGGGGACAACAAGGCCUUCAAUGAGGUCAUCAUAUCACCUGCCAUGCUUAAUGAGCACAUGCCCCACAUGGUGAUGGAGGGUCUCAACAAGGUGCUGGAGAACUACAACAAAGGGAAAACUGCUUUGCUGUCAGCAGCCAAGAUCAUGGUGAGCCCCACAGAAGUGGACUUGAACCCAGAGACCUUGUUCGUGGAUACAUCAACAACCUCUCAGCAGCCAACGCCUACAACCCACCACCGCAGGAACAGCAGUGUUCGACAAAAACCAUUGUUACGCUCGUGUGCCCAGUCUGAAAUAUCUCUGGAUGGUUUCUCUGAGUGCCCUCCUCCCCCAGUGCCUGUAGUGCUGCGUGGAGCAAGGGAACGUUUGGCAGUGGAGCUGCGGGACCGAAACGCACCGUUAGCUGUCAUGGAGAGUCUAUCAGAUGCAGAGUCCCUGUAUAGUUUGGAUUCCCGACGGUCCUCUGCUGCAUUAAGGGGUUCACCAAUGCUGGGUAGCCUCCCAUUCCCUUUGGAUGCCCCGAUCCCUGAGGAGAACCCAUCUCUGAGCUCCCGCACUGAGCUACUGUCCGCAGAUGUCCUCUGCCAAGCAACACCAGAGCACCUGGGUGAGGUUGGGCCCUUUUUUAACCCACUGGAAUCCAGAUCAACACCAGAUUAUCCCAUGAGGCUGUCUCCUGCCACACCUCGCUACAGUGGACUCCAUUCCCCAGCUCUUCUAAACCAGAGUGUCUUGGCUCAGUCUUACAAACAUGAGCCUAAUCCCAACUUGAAAAUGCUUCCUGAUGAGGAUCACCAACAGAUGCCUGGUGUCUACAGCCCAGGGAGCACACCUGUUGCUCCCCUCAGUCCACAAAUUGGUACUAGACCAAUGGAUAGAGAAAAGGAAGACUGGGAGCUGGAAACAAAAGAGAAACAGUUAAGUGAAGAGACCAGACCAGCAGGUUCUACUCCUCCUCCCCACCUAUCCAAUGGAAACCCCAGCCAGGCAGUGCUGGAGUUCGCCCAAUACUUAGACUCUCUAUUCAGACUGGAUGGCAGCAGCUCACCAACUUUGGACCUGUCUGAUGGGGAGUCUGAGUCAGGCCGGGGCUCCUUUGGGCAGGGUGAGUGUCUUGGAAAUGAACAGCAGUUGGAUGACAAACAACUUCUGGCCAGAGCAACAGUGGAGCCUAAUCUAGUUCCCAAGCCCCCACGCACUUUUGCUGGAUCUGCCGACCCCUCUUCGGGCAUAUCUUUGUCACCCUCCUUCCCCCUCUCUUCAUCUGAGGAACUCAACGACCUUUCUCCUAGCGAGGGUGCCCCGUCAGCCAUACACUCCCUACGAACAUCUUCCCCUUGCCACUGCCCUGAAGAGAACACACUAUCAUCUAUGGUGUAGAGUGUGUGCUGAAGGCUCCAAUGCCCUUUGCUCUGAUUGAAAGGUGCAGUCAAUUUCAGAUUUUAAAACAUAUCACAGUACAUGCAUGCAAUGGAAUGCAGUCACUCAUCAGAGAGCCAGUGACAGAAUUUGACCAACUCACAAACUAUUCCCAUUCUUCAGGUGUCCCCCGUGAACUCUGUUUAUAGCAUUUUCACACUAUUGCAAUGACUAAGAAAAAAAAAAAAAAGAUACCUCUCUCUGCAUGCCAGGGGGCUGUGCUGCUUUUGGGUGAAUAUAAAUAACUGUAGCUUCACAAUGCCAUUUCAAAAUGUUGUCUCACCCACAUGGGAAUGCGUCCACAUUGCAUCGAUUCCCUGACUUAACCAAAUCAAAGGGAUAAUAUUUAACUGAGCAGGGAUUCAAAAACUACACUGUAGAAGAGGUUAGCAUAGGCACAUCAUCUGGGUUGAUGUACUGUACGACUUCCUGCACCCUCAGCAGCUCCGGAAACUUGUCCAGCCUUUAUUUUGUUUUAUUUCUUUAAAUCAGGAAUGUGAAGAUGGACAUUUUGUUAAUAAAUAGAAGUGAUAAGAAUUCAAGAAAUGUUCCUCAGGUCUACAAAGAAUUGACUUUGAGAAAGAGAGUAAGUGUGUUACAUUGGUGAGAAUCCAUGUGUCUUAAACAUUUAGUGAUUGUGACAAAGUUAUUUCAGAUGCCUAUGGAUGUUUUUGAGUCUUUUGGUUACUCUUUAUAGUGCAUGAUGAUGUUUUUUUUUAAUUAUUUAUUUAUUCUUCAAGAGAAAUCAUGACUAAGCCACUUAGACUGACAUUUGGUUACUUGCACACAUCAUUGCUCAAUUUACCCCUGUUGCCAAAAAAAUAUUAAUACAUUGUCUUGCCAAAUGUAUUUAUGAGAUGUAAUUUUGUAUAUGUAUAUGAAUAUUGCUUUAUUUAAAAACAAGCUAAGUUCAUUAUCUCCUUCCCUAGCCAUCCUGUUGGUUCCCAUCAAGACUGUUACACUUCAACUCCAGAAGCGAUGUCAUCCUGACGUUGAAACACUGCCAUGACUUUCAUUUCCAAAACACAGCCUCUGCACACUGGGGUUAUACGAAUAACAAACUUGCUAAUAGUUGUCCUAGUCUCUUAAUAAAUACUGUACAUUUCUCCUUGGAGAGUUCUUAGAAACAGGUCAGUCUGCAUGCAUUUCAGAGUAGCAUGGCUGGAAUAAAACAUGUCUUGUCAUUUAAGCCACAGUAAAUAAGCUCUAAACGUGUCCAGAAAUUAUAGUAUGUAAACUCAAACUUUUGAGAGGCUCAAUAGUCACUGAGGUCACCAGACAGGACCAAAACUAUAUAUCCUACAUUUCUCUCGGGAUAUAAAUUCUCUUGUUCUGAAGGUGCUCUCAGUCAUUUUGGACAUUAAGGCGUUUGCUUCCCUUUAAUGCGGUUCAUCUCAAACAUCCUUGAGGUGGGACUGAAUUAAUAAAUGUGCUCAAACUUUACGUAUGUUGGUUCUAAAUGCUGUGUGCAGCGCACUAUCUUCCAUAUCACUCUGGGUGUAACCGGUGGCUCACAAUUUGAAUUAUUUAUUACACUUAAUGUUGUUAUCACUUUUAUUGCUAUAUUUGCUGAUGGUAUUAUCCUUAUUGCUCUUGCAACAGAUUGGUUUGAUGUCAGUGGUUUUUAUCUCAGUUUUUAAAGACAGUACGGGGAACUUUUUAGACCUUCCCAGAUGUAAGGAUUUACGUAUUUCAGUUUUUCUCUUUUUUUUUUUUUUCCCUGUCUGAGUGGAAAAAUAUUUGACAUUCUGCCAUGCCAUGGUAACAAUAUGCUUUUUAUUUUUGCAAAUAUGUCAUGGUGGUGAGACAUGCUGCAGAGUGACAGCUUUCUCACAGUGAGUGACCUUUUGGUGCAGCGCCACCAUCAAGCCUGGAGUCACCAUAGUGAUCUGCACAGUCUCUCCAAUUGGAAAAAAAGAUUUGCUGUGGUUACUCACAGCAGACCAGCCAGUUAGUUUACAGUCUGACACUACUCAAAUCAUGCUGCCAGUCCCAGUUGAUACACUAAAGUUGGGCCAGCAAUUUCCUACAUUCAGUAGCUUUGCUUGCAGCUGGUCAUGCACCAAACACUGCUGAAAGAAAGCACCAAUAUUUUCCACCAUGAUGUGUAUAGCACCAUCUUCUAUGUGUAAUUAUUUAUACAGAUGUCUAAAAAAAAAAAAAAA